GACUUUAAACAUUCAAGAUAUUCCAGUGCUAGUUUAAAUUUCGAACUCGCUGGUGGCCAGAUCGGUCGCGAUCACUGCGUUUGCGCUAGAUUCCAACACCAAUAGCUUAGAGUUCGAAAUUCAAAUUUACAAAAUGACCACUCAAAUUGACGACGAACAGAUUGCGAUGCUUCGUCGAGCGUUCAGCAUGUUUGACUCGAGCAAACAGGGCCGCAUUGAGAGGGAGAAAGUUCGAACAAUUCUCAACACGAUGUUACACAGCUUCGAUGACAGAGACCUCGACAAGAUGCUCGACAAUGAAGAUGCUGAUGGCAGCGGUAAACUAAAUUUCGACUCGUUCGUCCGUGUGGCGACUCACUUCUUAGACGAAGAUGAUGAAGCUCUGCAGAAGGAGUUGAAAGAAGCCUUCAGACUUUAUGAUAAAGAAGGCAACGGCUACAUCCCUACAUCGAGUCUACGCGAGAUAUUGGCAGCGCUGGAUGAUCAGCUCACACCUGAUCAACUCAACGAGAUGAUUGCCGAGAUUGACACUGAUGACUCUGGAACCGUGGACUUUGACGAGUUCAUGGAGAUGAUGACCGGUGAUUAGACAAGACAAGAAGAUAUAUUUUCACCCCGCAUAACAAAUUGUCUUCAAUAUUACAAAUGUAAUGUCCU